GAAGAAGAAGAACAAGCGUCACAGCAAGCAGAGGAAGAAGAUGAAAAAUAUCCGAGAGAGAAGUUCGGCGCUUGUAAACCCGCAGACGCUUCAGUUCGGCUGUGUGUGAACAGAACCCGUACCACGGAGCUGAGAUGAGCUUGUGUCUCCUGGAUGAGGACAGCUUUCGUAGCAGUUGUAAGCUCCUCCUGCAGCAGUCUGAAGAGCUGAGGGACAGCUGGACCUGGGAGCCAGUGCAGGGAUCAUCAGAAGAGGGCUACCUGAAGAAGAUUGCUCUCAAGUCAGUUGUCAUUGACUCAAGUCUGAAGUGGAACCUCAUCGAGUCUGAUACAGGGGAGGAACAGACUCCUCCUGACUGUCUGAACAGUGAUACUGGCUAUAGUGAUGAUGAAGGUGAAGCUGCAGAUGUAUGUGGGCUGUCUGAAGGCAGCAGCAGCAGCCAGGUGUUUCAAUAUGAGUAUCACAUUGUGUACUCUUGCAGCUACAGGACGCCUGCAUUGUAUUUCCGAGCCUGUACUCUAGAGGGGCGGAGCCUGUCAUUAGAGGAGGUGUGGAGCUCUGUCCAUCCCAACUUAAGGCUUCGACUGAAGCACUGUCCUCUGAACACCAUCACCCAGCAGGAGCAUCCUCUAUUGGGUCAGCCUUUCUUUCUCCUUCAUCCUUGCCGAACACAGGACUUCAUGAGGCCUGUACUGCAGGCAGCACACCAACAAAACAGGUCAGUAAACUAUGUGUUGACCUGGCUCAGUGUGGUUGGUCCACUGGUGGGCCUGGAUGUCCCUCUGCACUACUCCAUCUCCUCCAGCAGCACAAAGCCAGACUGAAGAUGCAUCCGCCUGCUGCACCAUCUGAAGGACUAUGUACAGCUACAGACCAGGCAGCUGCUACACCCAGCCAGACUGCAAGACACCCACGACACCAGAGCCAUUUGUGUGACAGUAAAACGUCAUAAGAUGCAUCUGCAUUUUACAAAAAGGACUGGGAAGUGCUCCGUCUAUCACACAGCCAUGAACCAGUUACAAAAUAUCCCUUUUAACCUGGCAUAACUUGGCCUAUUGCAUGUCCCAUUAAAGUGGUGACUGAGUGAACUUUACUAAUUGUAGUUAAUGGUUUGUGCAAAUGAGGGCUGUAACACAGUGUAUAUCAGAUACUUAAGCACAAAGAUAGAAGGGGGCUGUUGACGUGGUAGUGGGUAAUUCAUAGAAUCUCAAAUGUAAAUGGGGCAACAGAAGUAAACUGGCAUGAUUUGGAAGCUUUUUACCAUAUUUGUGAGUAAGAAUUUUUUACAGACUUGUUGAUAUUGAGUCUUGGAGCAGAGUGCAAUUACGUUUUACUCUGGUGUAUUGACUGUUCACUACCAUAAUAAAAAA